UUCACCUUGCCCAUCUUGUGUUUCCUGCAGAUUGACGGCUCCACUCUGCGGACCAUCUGCAUGCAGCACGGCCCUCUGCUGACCUUUCACCUCGGCCUGACGCAGGGCACCGCUCUGAUUCGCUACGGCUCCAAACAGGAGGCGGCCAAGGCCCAGAGCGCACUCCACAUGUGUGUUCUGGGUAACACCACCAUCUUGGCGGAGUUUGUGAGCGAGGAGGACGUGGCUCGCUACAUUGCACAUUCCCAGGCAGGAGGAGGAGGAGGAAACCCCACCAACUCUUCAGGCUCCGGGCCCACAUCCUCCUCCUCCUCCGCUGUGGGGGCCAACGGUAACGGAGGAAGCUGCGAUAGAAGUGGAGGAGGAGGUAAUAAUGGAGGAGGAGGAGGAGAAGGAGGAACAGCAGGAAAUGGAGGCGGGGCUUCCAGCUCCGGGUGGCAGGGUCUGGACAGCACAGGCAGCUCUUCGGACCAGACCUCCACCCAGGGGCCCGGUUUGGGGGUCUACUCCCAGUGGAGCAGCAACGGGACCGUGGUGGGGGGGGCUGGAGGCGUGGAGGCCGGGCGGCAGGGUCUGUGGGGGGGGAUGAGCGGGCCGGGGUACCCCAGCACCAGUCUCUGGGGGACCCCCGCCCUGGAGGAUCGGCACCAGAUGGGCAGCCCCGCCUCCCUGCUGCCGGGGGACCUGCUGGGAGGGGGGGCCGACUGACACCUUUUAAAGUUGUGAUGUCACACUCUGUAUUUAUUUACACGUAGAGAUGACAUAAAUUAAAGCUACAUUGGUCACCCAGCAGUCAAACUACACACACACAUUCAUUAAGCCGCUUUAACUUUAAAUGAAGACAACAGUAAAACUUGAACUUGGAAAUCCAUUAAACUCUGUAACUGGAUAGCUCUUCGGUCUUUUUACUCCAAAUCCCAUCGCUCAGAGACCCGAUCACUCAGGCAUGCACUGUAGACAGGCUCAGCCAGAGUCGUACAAGUUUAGCUAUUGCUGUUUUUAGUGUGCCACAAUUUACUUUCUUUUGUAUUACUAUGUAAUCUCAAAAAAACAAAAAUGUCAGACUUGCAGACUGAGCCCUCGUAGACCUGGCUGGCGUUCUUCAAAGUUCUCAUGUUUGGAGGGGAAGCAUCUGGAGUUUGUAGAGGAGAUUUUUUGGGGGGGGGGACAGCGCCACACUACUGAGUCAAACGGACGAUCAGCAGAGAGAAGAAAAGCGUCUUUUUGUAAGUAGGUACCGACACCUUGGUGGAAAUAUGCCAUCAACAUGGGACCCAGGGUAAAAAAAAAUAUCAAAACAGAAACAACAUUAGCCAAACUUGCACUAUAUGCCUCUGGGUUUGUUGUUGACACAUCCUCCACAGAUCCCUCCAUUCUUUUUCAAACGGCUACAAAACAGGACGACUUAAUGUUACAACAGCAGUGGCCUUGGCUCAAAACCAGCGGCCACGUCAGCAGCCUUCACACCGUUCAUCAGUUCCACACUGCUCUUAUAUUUGACAAGCGAAAUUGUAUCUCCUCGUUGAUGUUAAUCUUUAUUUUCUGUUUCUGUUUUAAAAGAAAAAUGUGAGAAACGUUGUGGAAAUUCAAAGAUGUCCUCCUUUUUUGUUUGCCCUUCAAACACUGACCUCGCUAUUGUAUUUUUUCUUACUCGAGAAAUCAAGUUGGUUAUAAUUAUAUAUUAUCAUGAUGUUAAUGAUGACUACGAUCACUUAUUUACUCGCUGUACAAGGUGCCCUCCUGCCUGCCUGUGUGUGCAUGAAAGGAGUGAUGACAGUAUGACCGAAUGGAGGAGGAUGUGAUGAAGAUAAUGAUGAUGCUGAUUAUAUCGGGAGUGUGUGUGUGUUAUUGCUAAAAUGUUGAAUGUUUUUUUUCUUUCUUGUCCAUGAGAGAUUCAUGAGAAAUGUGUGUGUGUGUGUGUGUGUGCGUGCUCUUGAACACUUAUCUGCUCCAGUCAGGGAAGUGAAUUAAUCUGACAUCUUACAUUUGAGAGAAAGUGUGUGUGUGUGUGUGUGUGUGUGUGUGUGUGUGUGCGCGAGUGUGUGUGCGAGUAUGUGUGCGAGUGUGUGUACAUGUGCUCGACUGUUUGGAUAUUGUAAUAGCUAAAAAGUUCAAAAACAUUGGCACUAUUGCAUAUGUCUCUUAAAUUUUCGUGUAUUUUUUUAGCAGCAUUUCGUUCCUGUUUGUAUUUUUUUUUUUUUUGCCAAUUGCAAUAAAUGAAUAUUUUGUUUUUAAGACGAAGUAACCAACUGAAGGCAUUUCUAUUAAAAAAUGCCAAAUCCUACCAUACCAAGCUGAGCUGGAACAGUGUUUUACAGACACGUUAAAGACAUUACCUGUUAUGUUUUACUGUUUUUCUUUUGUUUUGUUAUGUAUCCAUUUAAAUUAAGUCAGUCUUUAUUAUCACUCCUGUUCAGGAUGUUUUCAUUUAUUUCAGAUGUUACAGAAAGGAGAGGAAAUUAAUUUAAAGCAGAAAAGAACAAGAUAAUAAAGGUUGAAUUGAA